AUGAAUUCAUUUAGAAAUAAUGGUAACUCUACACAAGAUCAUGAUGAUCAUGAACAGCUACUUGCAGCUCAAGCACACAUAUGGAAUCACAUAUUCAAUUUCAUAAACUCAAUGUCCCUAAAAUGUGCACUUGAGUUAGGAAUUCCAAACAUCAUUCACAAACAUGGUGAUAAUCAACCCAUGACCCUUCAUCAAUUGGUCAAUUCUCUUCCCGUGAACCAGGAAAAAUCCCAAUUCAUCCCCCGCCUAAUGCGAAUUCUCACGCAUUCGGGCUUCUUUCGAAAAGAAAAAACCUUUGGAGAAGAAGGCUAUUCGCUUACUCCAUCGUCUAAACUCCUUGUAAAAGACAACCCUUCAAGCGUGACGCCAUUUGUGAUGGCAAUGCUCGAUCCACUCUUGAUGGAUCCAUGGCAUCAUCUGAGCCAAUGGUUUCAAUAUGGUAGUGAUGUUAGCGUAACGCCAUUCACCACGUGUCACGGAAAAGGUUUAUGGGAGCUCGCGGGUGAUGAACCGGGGUUGAACCGGUUCUUCAACGAGGCGAUGACCAGUGAUUGUCGGCUGGUUAGUAAAGUGGUGAUCAAAAAUUGUGGAGAUGUUUUCUUGGGGAUGAAUUCAAUGGUGGAUGUUGGUGGCGGAACCGGAACCAUGGCCAAGGCUUUGGCUGAUGCUUUUCCCAACUUGAAGUGUACUGUGUUGGAUCUUCCUCAUGUGGUUGAUGGCUUGAAGAAUAGUUGUACUGAGGAUUUGGUCUUUGUUGGAGGAGACAUGUUUGAUGCCAUUCCUCCUGCUGAUGCAGUUUUGUUGAAGUGGAUAUUGCAUGAUUGGAGUGAUGAAGAAUGCGUACAAAUACUCAAGAAAUGCAAAGAGGCAAUCCCAAACAAGAAGAACGGGGGGAAGGUAAUCAUUAUUGAUAUGGUGAUAAAGAAAGAAGAGAAGCAUAAAGGGAACAAAAAUGGCACUGAUCAUGAGGGAUUUGAGACUCAACUAUUCUUUGAUAUGUUGAUGAUGGUUUUGGUCACUGGAAAAGAAAGAAAUGAGGAAGAGUGGGCAAAUCUCUUUCAUGAAGCUGGCUUCAAUUCCUAUACAAUUACUCCUCUACUCGGCUUGAGAUCUCUCAUCGAGAAUGACAUGAUCAAACCAGCAAUUCAAGGAGUCGCAAACAUCCUAAGAACAUGUGCGAAAUCCGGAACGGCGAAACGGGUGGUUUUCACUUCUUCAGCUGCAGCUGUAACCAUCAACGAGACCUCAGUGGUACAGGGCUUGUCAGGGAUGAAGGAAACUGAACUGAUGUGGUGUUUCUUUUGUCUACAGAAGCCUAAUCGGGGAUAUCCUGUUUCCAAGACCCUGGCUGAGAAGGCCGCCUGGAAAUUCGCCGAAGAAAAUAAUCUUGAUCUAAUCACUGUAAUUCCAAGUCUAAUUGCUGGUCUUUCUCUUACCCCUGACAUUCCCUCAAGUGUCAACUUUGCUAUGUCCUUAGUCACAGAAAAUGAGUUCCUGAUUAAUGGCUUGAAAGGGAUGCGCCAAAUGCUGUCAGGAUCACAUGUCCCUUACUCAACUGGAAGUUGUAUGUGA